UAGCUGGAGCCCAUAGAAGGCAUGAUCUCGCCUGAGUUGAGCGAUUGACGUGCCGUAUUCUCUGGGCCUCGAAGCUCUCCUGACUGACUACCCGUCUAUAACUUAGGGUUCCUUUUGCCCCACCAAAAGAAUGUUUUCCAAGUACCUGAAAGGUGUUGCUAACGGAGACAGAAGCAAUAGGAACCCCAUGGUCCCGUCUACCCAAGUAUAAACCAUCUAGUCAUCGCAUGUCUAGUCAAGAGUGCUUUCUCUGUAUAAAGCGCGCAAGCAGUUCAGACUUUGCAUAGAUAAAUAUCUUUAACUACUCGUAACACCCUUAUUCCUACUAUUUUUUGUGCGUUUUUUUUGCUCUAUAACUAAUUUAAAUCUAAAUUAUAUUAGCUAUACAAUUGUAACAAACGUAUGCCAAGGUGUAAACAUUAUAAGCGUUACUUCUACGUGGCACUAUAUAUAUAUGAUAGAUAUACUUGUGCAACAUUCGCUAUAACUAACCAAUAAAUAUUUAACGAAGAAGAAGGGUUCAUAAAUUAUACAAUUGACUUAGGACAACUGAUAAAGAACGCAAUGCAAUGUAACCAGAGAGCAUCACUUUAAACUUAAAUAUAUUACCUAAUAGCUAACGAUAAUGAAUACUAUUCAUAAUUAAUAAAUAAACCAAAGAGUGUACGACAUAAUCACCUUUUUUUAUAAAACUUUGGUAUGAAGACCUGAAGAUGCGAUCAAUGUUUUUAAGCCUUGGUCAGAGUAAGCGAUUGUACAUUUUUUUCCGGCCCAUAUCAGCAUAUAGUGCAGUGAUGUAACAGUUCGGAAAUCGCAAAAAGUUUGCCCACCGAGCCCACGUCUCUUGUUUAAUUCACUGAUCGCUUUUGUCUCGCUGACUAAACCCCAGCCUAAACCCAAAAUAUACACUAGGGGGGAGGAGAGGACACACACGCCAAAAGUAUUAUAAGUUCAUGGAGGCAGCAAACACGUUUUCCCUGCGCCGCAUCGUAGUUUAAGCCGAGCCCAAGGGACGUUGACCCGCUGAUCCACUACACUACAAAUGAUGCCGGCACUGGUGGAGACCGAAAUGAAACUGUAACUGCAGGCUACCUGCAAUAGGUGGAGAGUGCUAAGCAGAAAAUGUUAUGCUAAAAGUCAAUUUAUAUUUACAGGUAUGUAGUUUUAUAAUAUAUAGUUUUAAAAUUAAAAAAUAAUAAUCAUUUUAUUGAAGGCAUUUGCCUGCAACGUAAAGAAAUUAUGUGACUAAUAGAUCCCUAUAUACUCAAAUCUGUUUUUGUUUGGAUUUUAGCCUGCACAUCUAUUGGAAGGGAUAUUUGCACGACUGCAAAAACUUUAGAUAUUUUGCUGUUUUUUAUUUUAAUUUAUAAUAAUCAAAUUGUGCACUUGUGCAACAGCUUAUAAAAGGGCUAUUUCCAUUCUUAAAUCAUCAUCCAUAUCCCGCUAGGGCAAAUUUGUCUUAGAGUCAUUUUGUUGUAGUUCGUUGGUGUUUCGCGAUUUAAGCGACUAGUCAUCGUGAUUGCCUCCGAGGGAUUUUGUCAAAGUUUUAGACCAAAUUACCAUCGAUAUUCCCAGAUGCAAAUCCAAUAACCGCACAACGUCACAAGUUGCAAGUUGGACUGAAGUUGCUAUUGUGACCGGCAAUGUUGCGGAUUAUGCAAUGGGAAAGGUGCACCAUCAACUUGUCUGUUGGGAGAUGUGCAUUUACUAUACAAACAAAUCUUUGGCUGACUACAAAACUAUUGCAGAUGCAGCAAUCGGAUGGAGUUGCAGUUAUGAGUUGUCUGCAGCUUUCGCCUGCUAUCUUUUUCACCCCAUCCAUUGGGAUUUCAAAACUAAUGCCCAUUGUUGAAUCCUCCCCCUGACGAUGAUGCGGCACCAUUUGGCCCAUAUUGCAACAAUAACACAGAAAAAAAUCAAUGGUAAUACUAAAUUCUUUUAUUGUAGUUAUUUAGGAUAAUAUAAUUAAAUUUGUAGUUCCUAUUCGCUUAUAGCAUACAAACUAUAUUAAGGUUAUAGGUCUAUUUUGUAGAUAAACCUAUUUUUAAUACAUAUUUUAUAUAUUUAUAUAUAAUAUUUUUAUAUAUAUUAUAUAUAUAUAUAAUAUAUAUAAAAAUAUUAUAUAUAUAAAAAUAUUAUAUAUAUACAUAUAUAUAUAUUACAAUAUUUAAUUUAUGCUUUUGAAAACUCGUACUAACAUAUCCUUUCUUUAGAUUACCACCUUAUUCUUAGCAGUGCCUCGGUAGCACCUUCAAUAUCUGCCAACCACACAGUAAGCGUUAAAAAAUGUUUUUCCUUUUGCCAUCUGGCAGAGCCAAGCUUUUCCGGUUAAAGUUAUGUCGCGUCUGGUUUGGUAUAAAAACUCUCGCUGCCAUCUGUGGUCGUGUCAGUUGUGGAUUUGCACUAAACCCACUAGUUAACCCAAGCGGAGUGUUUUAAGCUAUGAAAGCCUUUGUGUGUCUCCUGCUCAUCGGAGCGGCCAGUGUGACGGCUAAGCCUAAGCCCGGCGGAGGAGGUGGCUGGUCCUCUGGAGGAGGUGGAGGCGGAUGGUCAUCAGGAGGUGGUGGCGGUGGUGGUGGUCAUGGAGGCGGAGGAGACGUGCAAAUUAUUAAAGUGAUUACGGAGAGCGGAUCUUCUGGAGGCGGCGGAGGAGGAGGUGGCUGGUCCUCAGGGGGUGGCGGUGGGGGCGGAGGUGGAUGGUCUUCUGGAGGUGGCGGCGGUGGCUGGUCCUCAGGUGGAGGCGGCGGAAGCGGAGGCGAUGUUAAACUCAUCAAAAUCAUAAGUCUCGGAGGCGGCGGAGGAGGUGGAGGAGGACAUGGUGGUGGUGGAGGAGGCUGGUCUUCUGGAGGAGGAGGUGGCGGUUGGUCAUCAGGCGGAGGUGGUGGUCACGGAAGCAGCGGAGGUGGCGGCACCAAGGUCAUAAAAAUCAUCAAAUUGAGCUCUGGCGGCGGCGGCGGCCAUGGAGGUGGCGGUGGCGGCGGCGGCCAUGGAGGCGGCGGCGGUUGGCAGCCGGCUGGAGGUUGGGCCUAAAAUCUUAGUCCAAUCCUAGUUGUCAAAUCAAUCUUUAACCACUUUUGUAAAUACUGUACAUAUGUAUUCAAAAUGAAAUUUUUUUUUGUUAUUACGUUACUUACCUAAUUGAUGUAGCAAAUCGCACAUGCUUGUUAAAUCAAUAAAUGUACCCCAGUACAAAUAGCAAUACAAAAGAGGAAA